CAGGGACCAAUAGUAGAAGGGGCAAGCUGGUGUAUCCAGGCAGAUUGGGGCGGAACCGACCAAUCAAAAAAAAAAAAAAAAGACCGAGCAACGAGUGGAGCCGGGACCGUGAAGCCGACCUAGAGUCGAGGUGGCUCGGAGCAACUUGAGGGGUGCCAAGGGUGGAGAAGACAUCCAAGAUUUAUACCUGCCUCAAUCAAAUUUUAGUGCCAGGAUGGCAGAAGAUGAACCUGAUGCCAAGAGCCCAAAGACAGGUGGAGCAGCCCCAGGCAGUGGGGAUGCUGGUGAACCCACCACUCUCCUACAGAAGCUCCGAGGGUCUAUCUCCAAGGCGGUGCAGAACAAAGUAGAGGGGAUCCUGCAAGAUGUGCAGAGAUUCUCAGACAACGACAAGCUCUAUCUUUACCUUCAGCUCCCCUCAGGCCCCAGUGGUGGAGAUAAAAGCAACCUGGAGCCAAGUGCACUCAGCCAUGACGAGUAUAUGUACGCCUACCGAUGGAUUCGAAACCACCUGGAGGAGCAUACAGCCACCUGUUUGCCAAAGCAGGACGUGUAUGAUGCUUAUAGGAGGUACUGUGAGAGCUUAGCCUGCUGCCGCCCGCUCAGCACCGCCAACUUUGGCAAAAUCAUCCGGGAAAUCUUCCCUGACAUCAAGGCCCGGCGGCUGGGAGGCCGGGGCCAAUCCAAAUAUUGCUACAGUGGUAUCCGAAGAAAGACACUGGUAUCUAUGCCACCCUUGCCUGGACUUGACCUCAAGGGCUCAGAGAGUCCAGAGUUGGGCCCAGAAGUGGGUCCGGGUCCUCGGGACGAACUAGUGGAAGCAGCAUGUGCCCUGACCUGUGACUGGGCAGAGCGCAUAUUAAAGCGCUCCUUCAGCUCCAUCGUCGAGGUGGCCCGAUUCCUGCUGCAGCAGCAUCUCAUCUCUGCUCGAUCUGCUCAUGCACAUCUGCUCAUGGCCAUGGUACUCACUGAUGAACCUGAAAGGCUCCCACGGGAUCCCUCAUCUGCUACCAAGAACGGUCUGGAGAACCCAGAUGGAAAAGCCUCUAAGGGCCAGCCCCAGGUGCGAAGGACAAGGAAUCCUGAUUUCGAGCCCCCCAAGGAGGUGGAGCCCCGACCUGGGUCUGCCCUCCCAGUUCGAGGGGAGCGGAAGAAAACUGCAGAAACCCCAACCCCAGCAGCCAGCAACCCCCAAGUGAAUGCUCUAGUGGCCCGACUGCCUGUGCUCCUUCCCCGGGUACCCCACCCACAACUUCCUCGGCCUCUCCGAGUCUCCCCACCAGUCCUAGCCCCCAAACUUCCCUCGGGUACCCUAAAAGUCACUACACUGCCUUUGCCCAGUGGGGCCAGGGUACCCCGGGGAACUCUGCCCAUCAUUAACAUGAUCUUGCCCACUGUAUCUGCUGUGCCUAUCCCUGGGCGAGCGCCACCUGAAGGUCUCAUCCAGUCCCAGAGCCUGGAGAAAAACAGGGAGAUAGGCCCAGGGGUGGAUAUGGGUCCCCGGGGCAAGGGAGUGAAGAGGACAGCUGAAGUGCCUAUCGGUGAUCCCAGAGGACAAGAGCUAGCAGCCAAAGUAUUGGGCCAGGAUACAGAAGAGAUAGGGAUUGAUGCCAAGCGUAAAAGAGGGCGUCCUCGAAAGAAAUCAAAUGGUGAGGGGGAACAGAGCUCCUCCCCUGAGAAGCCACUGCCUGCUACAGAUGCUGCCCAUUCCCCCAGGGUAACACCGGAGUCUUGGGGCUUUGGAAGGGAAAGUGACCCGGCUAGAGGGCUGGAAAAGCCGAGGUCUGUUCCUAUAAAGUUGGAGAAGGAAGAGGACACUGAUUUCAAGAGAGGAAAGGAACCUAGUGUCCAACACGCCAAAGAAAUAGGGGAUAUAAGUCCUGUCACUCCUAAAGUGAGUGUCAUCAAGGGCAACAAAAGUUGGGAGGAGCCCCCCCAAUCCAUGGGAAGAGAGGCAGCAGCACAAACCACAGGACAAGGGAAUAAAGAUCCAAAAGGGAACAUGCCCCAAGGUUCCUUGUUCUUUGGACACAAAGAUCCCAAAGCAACACCCCCUUAAUGGGUACAUGGUGGGGAAAUUUGAAUAUUCCUACAUGCACCUACUCUGCAGGAGCCCUUCUCUCUGAUCCUGCUUAUUAUAUGGCUGUCCCCUUCCCUUUCCUAUAUGGAUUUGUGUUCCCCAUUCUGACCGUGUCUUGUCCUUCCCUUUUCCUUUCCCAGGCUAGUGCCCUUGGCUUCAGUAUUACCUACCAAUAAACCUGCCAUGCCCUCCUA